AUGGAUGGUACAUCCAACCUUCCGGCAAACGGGUGCCAAAACUACGAUCUUUCUGAACUGACCGAGAAACUACAGGCCGUUUUUACCGCCCUUUGGAAUGGAAUGACGUUAGACAAUGCUGCUAAUUAUGACCUAAAUAAUGUGCAACACCAUCUUAAAGAAACUGAUCCCCCCAUAACAUCGAUAGGUCAGGUAAAAAAGGCACUUAAUGCAUUAAAGGUGAAGAAGGCGACUGGCAUUGAUGGAAUCCCUGCAUGGUUCCUGAAGCAGUAUAGUGAAGACUUAGCUCCCGUAGCACAUAACAUCAUCACGAGUAGUAUAAUUCAAUGUAAAUACCCCACCUUGUACAAACAAGCUCUAAUAACCCCUGUGCCUAAAAUUACUCCACCAAAAAAUGUUGAAACUGAUUUUCGUCAAAUUUCUGUGCUUCCACAGUUAGCUAAAGUGCUGGAAAAGAUUCCGGCAAUUGCAACUAAAUUGUGCAGAUCUCACAUUAAAAGAUAA